CCGAACCCCCCCACGUUCGGGAAAAUAUCCCUGUCGACGCUUUCCCCUGAACUGCCGUCCGCGCUGCCGUUAGAGCAAUUGCCUGCCAAUCGUUCCCCGAGGUUCAUUUUGCCGGCCAACUAAGCCCGACAAGGGGCUGGGAUAAUUAUUCGGCCAGCGCUACCACGAAACUCAACAUCAACCUCAACUGGCAGCUAUCCGGGUGUUGCUUCCAACGACUGCACCAUUUGUGAAAUCUUGUCAAUCAGACACGUAGACCUCACCAUGGCCGCUGUCGCAGCUGCGUCCAUCGCCGCCACGGCCGCUGGAUUGUCCUAUAUCGACGCCAAGUAUCACAUUCGCAAGGACUGGGCCAUCAUCAGAGGCAGAAAGAAGUCGGCCAAACUUCUCCAAAAAGCCCUUAAGGAGAAACGGCUGUCCCCCUGGUACUUUUUCGAGCAUAACGCUCAGCAAAAGCCCAAUGAGGAAUGUAUCUGGUGGCGCAAGGGCAGCUAUACUUGGAGUGAAGUGUACACGCGUGGAAAUCAAUUCGCGCACUUCUUCCUGAGUCAGGGAGUUAAGCCUGGCGAUUUGGUGGCGCUGUUCAUGGCCAACAGCCCCGACUUCGUAUUCGCUUGGCUCGGUCUGUGGGCAAUAGGUGCCGCACCGGCCCUCAUCAACCAUAACCUUACCAAGGCGGCAUUGCUGCACUGUCUGAGUAUCAGUGAUGCACCGCUCAUUUUGGCGGAUGGCAGGCCGGAGUUGUUGGCACGGAUCGACGAGGUAAGAGUUGAGCUGGGCGAGAAAGGCGUGAAAGUUGUGAAACUCGCAGAUGUCAAGGCGGAGAUCGGCGGUAUGAAGGCAGAGAGGCCGUCGGACAAGCUGAGAGAGGAUGUCAACCCUGGCUCUCCAUUCGGCUUGUUCUAUACGAGUGGCACAACCGGCAUGCCCAAGGCAUGCACCAUACCCGCAGUAGCAGGAUUCAACCAUGGAGUCAGCAGACAAUGUGGUCUGGCCUACGUCGAUGGCGAAAAUGAAAGGUACUAUGAUUGUAUGCCCCUGUAUCACGGUACUGGAGGUAUCAGUGCAAUGACCCAGCUAUUACUCGGCACUACGUUGUGUCUCGCACCCAAGUUCAGUGCAUCGCGUUUCUGGGACGACAUUCGCGACUCAAAAGCCACGUGGUUUGUCUACGUGGGAGAGACGCUACGAUAUUUACUGGCAGCACCGCCCUCCCCACGAGACAAAGAUCACAACGUUCACUCCAUCUACGGCAAUGGCUUGCGGCCAGAUGUGUGGAAGCAAUUCCGCGAUCGCUUUGGAAUCGAGAAGAUCUUCGAAUUCUUUAACAGCACGGAAGGUGUUGUCCAACUAGACAACCCCGCCAGAGGCGACUUCCACGCUCACAGUGUCGGCCACCAUGGUUUGCUGCUUAGGAACCGCUUCCAUGGUACCUUCAUCCCUGUGGCAAUAGAUGCGGACUCUGGAGAAAUUGCGCGCGAUCCCAAGACCGGUUUUGCAAGCAGAGUGCCGUACGACCAGGGCGGCGAGAUCAUCGUGGUGCAUCCAAGUGUGCAUACGCCGCCAUUCGGUGGCUAUCACGGCAACAAGGAAGCGACCGAGAAGAAAUUUGUUCGCGAUGUGUUCAGGAAAGGCGAUGUAUACUAUCGGUCAGGAGAUGCGCUUCGGCGCGACUCUGAUGGUCGUUGGUAUUUCAUGGACAGAUUAGGAGAUACCUUCAGAUGGAAGGGCGAGAACGUAUCGACUGCAGAGGUUUCUCAAGUCCUUGGACAGUACCCUGGCGUUCUCGAGGCUACAGUCUAUGGUAUUGGGCUUCCUGGCCACGACGGAAAAGCUGGUAUGGCUGCCAUCUACAUUGAUCCUGAGAGGAAAGAUUUCGACUAUGAUGGCUUGCUCAAACAUGCGCGUACCCACCUGCCCAAGUAUGCAGUGCCAAUCUUUAUCAGACGGAUCAAAGAGAGAUCUGCGACACACAACAACAAGCAGAACAAGGUGCCGCUUGUCAAGGAAGGUAUCGAUCCCGUCAAGGUCAACGGCGACCCAAUCUUCUGGAUAAGCGACAACGGCAAAGGGUCGAGCUACGUGCCUUAUGGACAGGAAGGCUGGGAUUCCCUGAAUAGCGGGAAGGCUAAAUUGUAAUUAUAGCAGUAGUACAACAAAUUUGACGCAAGAGGCAACCGACCAUCGAACCGGACUAGUGUUAUGCGUUUCGUGGCGCAAUACGCGAGUUCUUCCGUUGACCAGCGGCCAACGAUUUCCUGCCUUCGAGUUCAGCAUAUUAUAAAGAAGCAAGUUGUCUAUCCUUUCGAACCACCGCACCCACAUGCUUGUCACAUCAAAAAACGACAUUCCUGAUAUUUUAUGCUGAUAAUGUUCAGUCUAGCCUUGAUAAUAGCAGAAACAUAUGAACCAAAAGAAAAUGGAUUGCCUCGCCCCCGAGUGAUCUGGGACAAGUCAUUUGCGAGGAGGACACACGUGAGAGGCAAUGUAUAUCGAAUAUCACAGCCGUGACCAUUUCAAAGCAGGGCAGGUACUGGAAAAGUAUGAUAGCAUAGGCCUGCUUCAUGUAAAUUUCUGAUCCAGCGCUUCAAUUCUCAAUGGCUAGGUGUGAUAAAAGGCAUACCCAAGAUUCACUG